UGUCCUGCACACGAUUAGCACUUUCACUCCAUUUGUGUUGCUUCCAAAGCCCCUGAAUUCUUUCAUUUUGCCUGUAAUAUAAAACAAAGAGAGCACCAUCUCUUUAAACUAAUUACAUUUAAUUUCUUGAGCCUCCAUGAAAAUCCGUCCAAAGAAACCUCAUUUUUUCAAACCCAUUGUGCCAGGUUUCAAGAAUGGACUUACAAUUCCUAUAGGUUUCUUGAAGUAUCUGAAGGGAAACAGGAAUGAAUAUGCUAUGCUGAGAAGGGCAAGUAAAAAGUGGCACGUGAAGGUGAAUGGUCGGCGACUAGAAGAGGGUUGGGAAGAAUUUGUAAAGGAUCAUGAUAUACAAUUGGGAGAUAUUUUGGUAUUCAGACAUGAAGGAGACAUGGAAUUUGUGGUCACUGUCUUUGAUUUAACUUACUGUGAGAGAGAAUAUGAACAAAGAGUUCAUGAAAGAGAAGAAGAAAAAACCCAUAUUAUUGAAGAGUCUUCCAAGGAAUUUGAAUUCAAAGAAAAACCAAAGCCCUACAUCAAGACAUCAGGCAAGGGUUUCCCCAGUGUAGAAGCUGCUUAUAAGGACAUGCAUCUCAGUCACUCUCAUUUCAUUUGUACUAUUAUACCUUAUUGCCUUUCAAAGUACUGUCUGUGUAUUCCAAAGCAAUUCGCACAAGAAAACAGACUCAACGACAGGAAAUGUAUGAUAAUUAUGAGGGACGAGGAAAGGUCAUUGACGUUUAGUCUGUAUACAAACGGCAAAAACACCUACAUAGGAAGUGGAUGGCGUGAAUUCUGCAUUACAAAUUGCUUAAAGGAAGGAGAUCGCUUAAUGGUUGAAAUAGUUUCCAAUGGAGAAACACCUAUAUUCAGAGUUCAUGAUUUGAGGGGAAGUCCAUCCCUCCAGCCUGAAGUAAAGAAGAAGAAUUUGGAUGCUGAAAGAAUGUCAGAUAAAGGAAUAACAGAUCUUAGGCUUAAGACCUUGGACGUGACUACUUCCAAAUCACAAGUAGCUGCUUCAACAUCUGCUGAUGCCAACCCUCAUUUUUUAUCUACUAUUAAACCUUACACCAACAGAUAUCCUUAUUUGUAUCUUCCAAUGGAUUUUGUAAAAUCAAGUGGCCUGAUGAAUAAAAGUGAGAUGAUUCUUGUCGAUGAAAAGCAGAUAUCAUGGUCAAUGUGGCUAGGGAGAACAGAAAGUCACUUUGGAAUUAAAAGGGGAUGGCGACAGUUCAGUAAAGCAAAUGGUGUUCAAGUAGGAGAUACUUACAAGUUCGAACUCACCAACAAUGGCACAAUACCUAUAGUGCAUUUCCGUUAUCUUAGGCUUAAGACCUUGAACGUGACUACUCCGAAAUCACAAGUAGCUGCUUCAACAUCUGCUGAUGCCAAUCCUCAUUUUAUAUCUACUAUCAGACCUUACAGCAUGACAAAAACUCAUUUGUAUCUUCCAAUGGAUUUUGUAAAAUCAAAUGGCUUGAUGAAUAGAAGUGAGAUGAUUCUUGUUGAUGAAAAGCAGAGAUCGUGGUCAGUGCAGCUAGGGCGAAAGGAACGUCACUUUGGAAUUAAAAGGGGAUGGCGAAAGUUCAGUAAAGCAAAUGGUCUUCAAGUAGGAGAUACUUACAAGUUUGAACUCACCAAAAAUGGCACAAUACCUAUAGUGCAUUUCCAUUGUAAAUAUACUGGGAAGGAUGCCAGGUAUAACAGAAGCCAUUGACAAGAUAAUAAUGAAGCAGUUGGUGAUGGGAAAGGAAACUAGCACUAAAGCAAGCAGAUGUAAUGUUUUUGGAUCUAGUACAUUUUGCUGUAUGUCAAAAAACUACUUCGAUCAGCUGUAUGAUAUUUUCUACUUCUAUUUGAAGUAUCCUUUCAU